UACUUGGUGCAAAAAGAAAGAUAAAAUUAAGAGAUAAGUAAAUGUAGGAAGUAAGAAUAUAAUAAUGAUGAAAUAAUAAUAUAAAGUGGGAAUAAUUAGAGAAACGACUAUUAUAUACAAGACAGUGUAGGUACUGAUCAGAGUGGAUCAGUUCAGGUACAAACACCACAUAGGGUCAUGUGACUGAAACUGAGUGACUGGAUUGGGCAGCCCUAGGAUUGUCAUUCAUGAGUCCAACAGCAGAGGGGAAGAAAGUGUUUUUGUGAUGUGAGGCUCUGGUUCGAAUGGAUCUGAGCCUCUUACCCGAUGGAAGCUAGUCAAAAAACUGUGUCCAGGGUGACACGGGUCAGCGGUGACCCAACCUGCAUGCCUCAGUGUCCUGGAGGUGCACAGGGCUUGUAAGGAGGGGAGCUUGCUUUCAAUUACCUUCUCAGCACAGCGUAAAACACGCUGCAGUCUCUUCAUGUCCCAGAUGGUGGCUUCAGCAUACCACACAGUAAUUCAAGAGGUGAGGAUGGACUCGAUGAUUGCGGUGUAGAACUGCCUCAUCGAAUGUACUGGCAGGAUAAAUUUCUUCAGCUGCCACAGGAAGUAUAUCCUCUGCUGGGCCUUUUUUAUGAUGGAAAUGAUGGCAGGCACCCACUUGAGGUCCUGGGUGAUGGUGGUGCCCAGGAAGUGACAUGAGUUCACCAUCGUGAUGGGAGUGUCGGACAGAGAUGUGGGGGGAGUGGAGCUGGUGCUUCCUAAAAUCCACAACAACCUCCGCUGUCUUCUGGGUAUUUAGCACCAGGUUGUUGUGGCUCCACCAGGAGAUCAGCCGUUCAACCUCUAUUCUGUGGGCAGACUCAUCCAAUGGCGGUGCUGCAAACUUGAUAAGGUUGAUGUAGGGAGAAGAGUAGAGGGGAGAGAACACAGCCCUGAGGGGAACUGAUGCUGAUGGUCCACGGGUCAGAGAAAUUCUUCAUCAGCCCUUCCAGAGAUCAACAGUAAAAAUGUGUUUAUGUUUAUGUUUAUGUAUUUAGCAGACGCUUUUGUCCAAAGCGACUUACAAGUGAUAAUCGGCAUUUUGCCCUUGAGGCUAACAACAACAACAACAAAAUACAUAUUGUAACUUUAAGAAACAGACAUCAACAUCUUUCAAAGAGGAUAAAACCUCUUUCGAACCACUAGAUGUAACUAAAAAGAAAAUUUUCCAUUACAUUAAUUUUUACAUGCUUCCACACGAGGCUAAAUCAGUGGCUGAGAUCCCUUCCAAAGAUUUAUUCAUUUGUGACUGAACCCGUGGAAAUGUGGGCAACAAAAAACGAUCCAUUUUACCAAUAGCUCUACCUUUCACUAAAUGAGGUCAAAGGUUAACAUCAAUUUCCUGUUUUGGUUUAAGUUUUUACUAUCUAUAUGAUAAUUUACUGAUUAUUUUUGUUUUGUAUGUUAAAUAUUAUCACAUCUACACAUUAAAUUAAAAUUUAAUUGUGGAAAAAAAAAUCUAACAUUUACAUGGAGGUGCUAUGGGGGUGCAAUGACGGAUCCAGGGGUAGCUAUAGCGCCCCCCUGGCGCUGCCACUGGGCUAACUAUUCAGCAGGCUGCAUAAAACAAAUCAAUAGCCUCAAAUGAAAUGGCCACGAGCAGGUUGUAAUUUUGGCAAUCAGAAAGUGUCUAUCACUUUUAAUCAGUUCUCCCCCUAACCAUGAAUAUUUGAAAUGAAACCAGUAGACUUUGUUCUUUAAGCUCAAAUUGCACCAGUAUCAUUAAGGACCCAUGGUAUAGAAAAACCGUUAUGAAUAAAAGAUGUUAGUGAAUGAAAAAGAGGAUUCGGUUAGUUUCAGUGAAAACUCACUGAACUGAAACAAACAUCCUGAAAGUUAAUUUUGUGUCAGACAGAAACAAAGUUGGAUUAAUUACUUGUCUAACAGCAGUGGAGGUGUUUCAACAAAUUUCGUCAGGAUGGACAGUCGUCUAUGGGACUGACAGGUUGUCACUGUAAUUGUCUCCCACCAGUUAGUAGGCACAGCCCAAAGCGAUUGGGAAUAACAUGCAGCAUUACUUUUAAAAUGAACUUUUUUUUUCCUGUCAGUAGGCUGGAGUGGUUCUAUCUGUAGAAAACAGCAGCUUAUUGACUGCAAUGAAAUUUGGUCACAGCAUCCAGAAGAAAGUCUCUAAACGCAUUCAUCAAACGUUUAAAAAGGUUUUCAAUCAUAUUUUCUCCAAACACUGAUACUUUAUCAGACAGCAGUAGCCCAGGAGGUAGAGUGGGUUAUUCAGUAAUCGGAAUGUUGCAGGUUCGAUCCUGGCUCUGACCAGAGAAUGCUGCUGUUGUGUCCUUGGGCAAGAGACUUAACCUGCCUUGCCUUCAGAACCAGAAUCAGAAGGGUUUUACUGUCAUAUGUGCGAGAAUCACAACAGUAGGAAAUUGCAGCAGUAAAAUAAUUGUAACCAAAAUUAGAAUUAAGAAAUAAACACAAUGAAAUGAUAAAAAUAUAGGGAAUCAAUAAUUAGCGAAGCACCUACAGUAAAGGUACUGGUCAGAGUGGGCCAGUUCAGGCGCAAACACAACACUAGGGUCAUGUGACUGAAACAAAGCAGCUGGAGUGGGGAGGUCUUUCAUGAGUCCGACCGCAGAGGGAAGAAACUGUUUUUGUGGUGAGAGGUUCUGGCUCCUGACAGAUGGGAGUGAGUCAAAGAGACUGUGUCCAGGGUGAGGUGGGUCUGCUUUGAUCCCACCUGAGUGCCUCAGUGUCCUGGAGGUGUGCACAUCCUGUAUGGAGGGGAGUUUGCAGCCAAUAACCUUCUCAGCAGAGCUCAUGACACGCUGCAGUCUCUUCAUGUCCCUGAUGGUGGCUCCAGCGUUCCACAUGGUGAAUGAAGUGGUGAGGAUGGACUCAAUCAUUGCGGUGUGAACUGCUUCAUCGACUGUACUGAUAGGUUGAAUUUCUUCAGCUGCUUCAGAAAGUACAUCCUCUGCUAGGCCUUUUUAAUGAUGGAGGUGAUGGUAGGCUCCCACUUGAGGUAUUGGUUGAUGGUGAAGCCCAGUAAGUGGCAUGAGUCCAACAUCGUUAUGGGGGGAGUGAUGCUGUGUGCUUCCUAAAGUCCACAACAACCUCCGCUGUCUUCUGGUUGUUUAGCACCAGGUUGCUGCGGCUGCUCCAGGACAGUUCAACCUCCAGUCUGUAAGUAGACAUCCCCAUCAGAGAUGAGUCCGAUGAUGGUGGUAUAGUCUGUAAACGUAAUAAGCUUCACAAACUCGUGGUUUGAGGUACAGCCGUUGGUGUCAAGGGAGAAGAGCAGAAGGUAGAGAACACAGCUCUGAGGGGAACCGGUGAUGAUGGUUUGCAGGCUCGAGACCUUUACCCCGGCCUCACUUGCUGCUUCCUGUCCAUCAGGAAGUCAGUGAUCCACCUGCAGAUUGGGUCAGGCACGUUCAUCUGGGACAGGUUGACUUGGAGGAGGUCUGGCAGGAUUGUGUUGAAGGCAGAGCUAAAGUCCACGAACAUGAUCCUGAUGUAGGUACCCGGGGAGUCCAGAUGCUGCAGGAUAAAGUGUAGAGCGAUGUUGAUGGCAUCUUCUACUGUAGACAAACAGCAGGGGGUCCAGGAGGGGAGGCUGUGAGGGUCUCGAUGUGGGGGAAAACCAGCUGCUCAAAAGAAGCAUUUGAAUCUCCUGCUGACCACAAUCAGGUGUGUCCAAGCAGGGAAAUGACUAAAACAUGUUAAUAAUGACCGUCAGGGCUGAGAGUUGUCUUUCCCUGCACUAAACCUUGUUGCAUAAAUGUAAAGAAUGAUAUAUGUUUUUACAAAAGUAAAUGUAUGUGUACAUUUAAAGUAACACUCAGUAAGUUACCUGCUUCUCCCCCCUACUGGCUGAAAACAGAAUUACCACUGUUAUAAACAACCCUGCCGUAGCCUGCUGUUGCUAAUGCAAACAAUGAGCUAAUGCUAACACAAGCCAAUACAUAUUAAAUAAGCUACAAAGUAAAAAGAUAUACACUGUUGGACAAAAAAAAAUUAAAAGUCCAGUAGCAACAAAGCCAGGUCACCAUUAGUCUAUGACUUAGAUGCCUCCUUUAAAUCACUCAAACAAGUGUUAGCCAUACCGACGUUCACUCUGGGUUUAGCUCUUUGCUCACCUCUAAAGACAUUACUCUCUUAAUUUCUAUGUUCCUUUAUGAGGCCAAAAAAAGAAGCAAACAAUUUCUUCUUGCACUUUUUAUUGAUGAGCGGCAAACUGAAAAAGCCAACUGCUAGCCUUUAGCGCUACUAACACAGUAUGUUAUUAUACAGCAAGUUUCCACAGGCGCUGACCUGAACACAAGAGUUGUUUGAUGCAUUCUAGUCUGCAGAGGGCUGCAGAGUGAUGUCCCAUUUGAAGUUGCGUAAGAACGACUGAAACCAGUUUGAAAGCAGUAGCCGUAACCCAUUCACUGUCAUUGACGACUAAAGUCGUCAUUUUAAAUCCAACCGUUCACUACCAAUGACGACUAAAGUCGUCAUUUACAUUUUUUUUACUGUGCAGGCAUCGGAUCGAGCCCCCGCAUCAUGAGAACAAACAUCUCAGCUCUAAAGCCGAUCUUCAUCCACAUACAUCACAGGUCACGUGACCAUGAAGCAGAAAAUCUAUGUGUUAGGAGAUCAUUUUGGGCCGCUGCUGUCAUAAAAGUGAGGCGCAAACCAGAAAAGCUUCUGCCGAUCACAAAUCAACAACGGAUUAUGAAAGAACGGAUAAAGCUCGAAACGCACGGAUUCUUCCUGAUGUAAGAGUUUGUUUUGCAGUGUGGAAAAAUCGACACAUGCGAACGGUGACCAACUACUUCAUUGUGAAUCUUUCUCUGGCUGAUGUGUUGGUCACCAUCAUCUGCCUGCCUGCAAGCCUUGUGGUUGACAUCACAGAGACGUGGUUCUUUGGAGACACGCUUUGCAAAAUUGUUCCUUAUCUUCAGACCAUCUCUGUUUCAGUAUCAGUCCUAACGCUGAGUUGCAUCGCCCAGGACCGUUGGUAUGCUAUCUGUCAUCCGCUUAUGUUCAAGAGCACGGCCAAGAGGGCUCGCAAGAGUAUUGUUGCCAUCUGGGUUGUGUCGUGCAUCAUCAUGAUUCCUCAGGCCAUUGUGAUGGAGUGCAGCAGCCUGCUGCCUGAACUCACGAACAAGACCCGGCUCUUCACAGUGUGUGACGAACACUGGGGAGCUGAGAUCUACCCCAAAGUUUAUCACACCGGCUUCUUCAUCGUCACAUACAUUGCGCCGUUGUGUCUCAUGGUUCUGGCGUAUAUUCAGAUAUGCCACAAGCUGUGGUGUCAACAGAUUCCUGGAAGCACAUCAGUGAUUCAGAGGAAGUGGAGGACUCUCCGGUGCUCAGCUCAGAACACGGGACAGAGAGAGACCGUCAGGGUUAGGACCAGCACAGUUUGUGCAGAGAUCAAACAAGUCAGAGCCAGGAGAAAAACAGCUCGCAUGUUGAUGGUGGUGCUAUUUGUGUUUGCUUUGUGCUACUUACCAAUCAGCGUUCUCAAUGUCAUGAAAAGAGUCUUCGGGACCUUCAAGAACAUUAGCGACAGAGAAACAGUGUAUGCUUGGUUCACUUUCUCACACUGGCUCAUUUACGCCAACAGUGCAGCAAAUCCCAUCAUUUAUAAUUUCCUGAGUGGAAAGUUCCGUGAGGAGUUCAAAUCGGCCUUCACCUGCAGCUGUUGUGGUAAACGGCAAAGUGAGCAAAAAAGAAUGAGGGCCAGAGCGAACACGGACAGCCGUAAGUCCAUGUCAACUCAAGUUAACAAUGUGGACAACCUGUCACGGUUAUCAGACCAGGUUGUGUAGUCUUCUGACUCAGGUGGGCCAUCAAAAGGACACGGUGAUCAUGCAAUGAUUGAAAAUGUGGAUGCUUUGGGUACAUUUGGCAAUUUGUAUAUUUUCUUUCAUUACAUCAAAAGUGUGUUUUUCUAUUUUCUUAUGUGUCAGUAUUUAAUGUUAAUGCAGCUAAAGUUAGCACUGCACAUUGGGGCUGUUUUUGUGUUAAAAUGUUUAUUCAUCAACAAAGCAGGAAAGCCUGUAAUUAUGCUUUUUUAUAUGUUCAUCUAAAAUAUUUUAUGUAACUAUUUAAGAAUAAAUGAAGAGAUGCAACAAUUUGUUGACUAUUUAAAAAAAGCCAUCAAUCAAGAUCAGAAGCUACAUUUUUACUUGACACAAUAGAACUUUUUAUCCUACAUCCCUGGUAUAAUGUUCGUUUCUCGGCUAUGUAGAGUUUGAAAGCAAGAUUAAAACUUUGAUUAAUUACAAACCUUUUUUUUAUUUAAGAAAAAAAGUAUUUGCACCUGACAACUUAAGACCUGCUGUGUGUUUCUGAUCCAACUGGAUAGUGCUUGAACCAGUCAGAAAUCAGUCAACAGGACAGUCCACCAUACACCGUUGAAAAUGAAGCAGUACCUCCACUUGCUCAUGUCUCAAAAAAGAGUCCAAGUAUAAAUAGUCCAAAGUUGAAGCUAAAGAUGUAGCAGACAAGCAAUGUUCCUGAGCUGACACCAUCUGUUGGGUAUUUUUAUAAUUGUACCUUUUUGAGGCCUAAAAGCUGCCCAUUUUGUGUCAUUAACACUUCAUGAAUCUCUGUGUUUGCCAACUGUGGCUGUUCAUGAAAGGUUGAGCAAGGAUGUUGAUUGAGAAAACUCUGUACCUCUGUAACCUGAGAAGGCCCCGCCUUCUCCUCCAUCCUUUGAAUAAAGCCCCUGACGAACUGAGAACACAGGGGAGUGACGUGGGGAAGCCUCGGAGGAGGUUCCUCUGCGUUAACUCUCCAUAUUUUGGGGACUCAGGGUAAAAUGUCUUCCUUGUUCUCAUGAGUGUUUAUUUCAGGUUCCAGGGUUAUGGAGAUUAAAUAUUACUUAACAUUUUGGUGGAGAAUGCGGGUAUGCAGAGUGGGGGCUGGUUGGUUGCGUCCAGCUUCUCGCAUGUUGAUUCGCGCACAUGGACAUAACAAAUGAUCAAGUUACUCUCUCUCUCUGUGUGUCGUCCUUUAAGGUAAUAUGGGAUAAAAUUAAUUACCUAUCACCAUCUUUGCUGUUUGGCUUAGUUGCAGCUGCUGUGAUGGUGCUAAACCCAUAGACAUGAAUACGUAGAUGCACCGUUGGGCGUUGAGGAGCAUAGCAGCAUUACGGGUGGGUUCCUUACUUUCCAAACCCAAUUAGAGUCAACCAAGCCCCCACAAUGCGGCUCAAAAAUUGAGGCCAACCCGGAAGUACCAAAGAUUGCAGUUCUGCCCUCAUCCGCUGGGGGCUGGUGUCAGAAGCGAGCAAAUCCUCAUUGACUCCCAUGUUAAAAAUACCAAUUUCACAGCAGAAAUAAACAUGUUUACAGCCUGGUACCAAAACAUGUUUUUUGUUUAAAUGAUCUAGUUUACACUCAUGACAACUCUGAGGGGGGUGAAUUUUUUUCUCACUUUUCUAUUUAAGUGCAUUAAAAGCCUAAAAUUCUGUAUAAUUAAUGAGCAUCCGACCCACAUGACCACAGAGCUAGCUCCGUGGAAAGACCUCAGUAGAGCCUCGGUCUGGCUUGGAAACUGUUCUGGGAUUUUGAGUCUCUGUGUUUGUGUAUUCUCUUUUGGAUAUUAUUUGUGCAAUUGUUGGACAAAAUGACUUGCUGUGGCAUUAAUUGCACUAAUAGAGCGUCCAAGGAGUCUCCACUUCAUUUUUUUCGGUAAGUAAAAUUAUAUUUAUGUAUUUUAGGUCACUGCCGAGCUGAGCUUAGAUUUUAACAUGUACUGUUUAACCAUGAAAUUUAAAUGUAAUGGGGUAAAACCCAGUGCAUUUAACAUAAUGCUGCACUUUAGAAAAUGGGUUGAAAUAUAACAUGUUGGUGGAGCUGGUUCCGACUAUCAGCUUGUGGAGCUCUCGGGAGACAGAUGUUUUCCACCCGUUUCUCCCCUCCCCCGCAGCUCGGCGCAUCUCUGUCUGAUCGUGGCUUCUGUCUGCUGCGCGGGCUGCCAGCUUGUGGUUCUCCCCUCCCCGCAGCUCGGCGCAUCUCUGUCUGAUAACAGCUUCUGUCUGCUGCACGGGCUGCCGGCUUUCAGCAGCUUUCGGGAGACCUCUGUGUUCCACCCGGUUUUACCCAGUGGAUCUCUGACUCAGAAGCUCUGGUGUUGUGCACAGUUAACUCCGGUUGUAGCUAGGUUGCUACCUCCGUUAGCUUAGCUCCCAUCUGUGCGUUAGCUUUGGGUUAGCUUCAGGUUAGCUUGUAGCUAGUUCGACUGGAUGUCGUCAGUUGAUCCCAGCCUUACAGCCCCACCCUCAGCUCCACCUCUCUUCCCUUUUGUGGAAUUGUCUAGGCUUGACGGAACCUGUGACACAGUCAAAAUGGCGGUGGUGGCCACCUCCCAUUUAGCCUCAAAAAUGUGUUAUUGGAGCCUAUGGAAAUGAAUUGUCCAGUAUAUAUGUCGAUGCAGUCAACACAGGGCGGGCAACUAUGCCCGUUUUUUGUGCAGCCUACGGUUGCAACAACCGGCUCACUUUUGAAAACAGAUCACGUGAGAUUGCUAUUGACUUUUCUAGCGUGUCCAUUGGAUUUUUAAUUUCUAAUUCUUAUCAUGCUUCCAUAUGUCUGAUUUUGCAAAAAAGCAUAAUAAAGUAUAUCAUUUUUAUUUGGGUAAGUACCUUCCUCAGUAGAAAUAAAUGCACUGAGGGCAAAUGAAGACCCAUACAAGAUGGCGGCCUGCUGCUACGCCAGCUCCCAGGCCCAAUCCCAAUACUCGUGCUUCCACAUUUGCAACUUUCAAUUGCACGAUCCCGGCCAGGGGUGCGAGUGCGUAGGGUGUCCCGAUUCUCUAAUGCCUCUUUUGCACCCUUGAUCCACUCCCACAGUUCAUGCUACGGCAGAAAAGGCUCAAGUACCUUUUCUGAAAAUAUGUAUUUUCAAAUAACAGUAGUUUUUUUAAGAUGAUUAAUUGAUGCUCUGAAUCUUUUGGAAAAAGCAGCAAUAAAUGUAAAUGUAUUUCAAAAAAUUGUUUGGUUGUUUGAAAGUAGUUAAUAAAGGUUAUUGUAACACAGCGACCAGCAUCCCAGCAUGCGUUGCGGUCGAUGACGCAAUGCUCUGUGUCCCAAUUCGGCAAUUAUUUGCACACUUUAGUACUACACACUCAAAGCUUUACUGCAUACUUCUUCCAAGUGCACUUCACUGAAGACCAUAGAACGCAGUGCGAGUAUUGGGAUUGGGCAGCGCCAGUCCACGUCACAUCUACAUACACAAUUCAAUUCAAUUCAAUUCAAGUUUAUUUAUAUAGCGCCAAAUCACGACAAGAGUCAUCUCAAGGCACUUCACAUAAUAAACAUUCCAAUUCACAGUUCAUUAAGCCAAUCAGAAAUAAUGUUUCCUAUAUAAGGAACCCAGCAAAUUGCAUCAAGUCACUGACUAGUGUCAGUGACUAUACAGCAAUCCUCAUACUAAGCAAGCAUGCAGCGACAGUGGAGAGGAAAACUCCCUUUUAACAGGAAGAAACCUCCAGAGGAUCCUGGCUCAGUAUAAGCAGCCAUCCUCCACGACUCACUGGGGAUCGAGAAGACAGAGCAGGCAGGCAGGCAGGCACACACACACACACACACACACACACACACACACACACACACACACACACACACACACACACACACACACACACACACACACACACACACA